AUGGUGUUCAUAUCGCUCAGGCCAGGUUCCAGUGUGGCAAUCCUUGCGCUCAGGCCAGGUUCCAAUGUGGCAAUCCUUGCGCUCAGGCCAGGUUCGACUGUGGCAAUCCUUGCGCUCAGGCCAGGUUCCAGUGUGGCAAUUCUUGCGCUCAGGCCAGGUUCCAGUGUGGCAAUCCUUGCGCUCAGGCCAGGUUCCAGUGUGGCAAUCCUUGCGCUCAGGCCAGGUUCGAGUGUGGCAGUCCUUGGGCUGUUUGUUCGUGGAAAUGGUCUGCUUGGGAGAGUAGCUCGUGAUAUUGUGCAGGCUGGUUUUGACAUCUCUGCUAUGCAAAUGUACCAUUUGGACAAGAGCACAGCAGAGGAGUUCUUGGAAGUCUACAGAGGUGUUGUUGCCGAAUAUCCGGAGAUGGUAUCUGAGUUGUGCUCAGGAGCAUGCGUUGCCAUGGCAUUAACUCAUCAACAUGGCGGUGCUUGUGUAGAGCAGUUCAGACAGUUUGUUGGACCAGCAGAUCCAGAGAUAGCUCGUCACUUGCGUCCCAGUACGUUGCGUGCAAAAUAUGGACACAACAAAUUGAAGAAUGGUGUUCACUGCACGGACCUAGCUGAUGACGGUAUGCUGGAGGUUGAGUACUUCUUCAAGAUUCUCCAGUAACUAUGGAAACACAAGACUUCAGUGACGGUUACAGCGCAUCUUGAGUAAUCGGCGUCACAAUGCAUUUUCAUUGAUGUGUCUUCUGUAACCGCUGGAAUGGAUAUUCAGCCGCCGGUGCAGCAAUGUUGUUGAGAGAUGCAAAGCUGAGGUUUGAUGAGCUGAUUUCGAUUUGAUAUUAAUCCUGAAACAUAAUGCAAUGCCAUAGUAAAUGACUGUCGGCGAAUUCAUUCCUUUUCGCUUUCAUUAUAAGAAGAGAAUUUAUCUUUCUGUUUGAACUAGGGCUCAAACGGUCACGGUUUUACCCCUGAUGGUUAACUGCUAAGCUAACGGUCGGUUAACCGGUUAUAACUUAUAAGCCACGGCAAUCUUGCGGACUCUUUUUUAAACGUAUAUUUGACUAUACUCAUUCCGAAAAUGUACCCUAUUCAGUACAGCGCACACUUGUACAUUCUCUUGCAUGCUCAUUCAUACAUACUCUGAGUCUCACACCAAGAGACCAGAUAUGACCGAGUUGACAGCCCAGAAAUUGUGUACGCGUGCGACAGCCCGCGAAAGUGCACACUUUGCAACGACCUGAUACUUGAAAAAUUGACUGAAAAGUUACUGCGUAACCGUUAUCUUUACCGUCAAUUCUUCGUAACCGGUCUGCAACCGGUUAACCGGACUAACCGUUUGAGCCCUAGUUUGAACCACACAUAUACUAUGCAUGCGUGGUGUCUGCGGGCUCUGUGAUGUCAUGAUGUUACGGUGUCAUGAUGUCAUGAUUUAUCAUCUUUGUCUUAUGUCAGUACAAAAAUGGCAAUCAUGUGCAGGCUCUGUGCAUUCGUUGUGAGUUAUCUGAUCCAGCUGCAGGGUGCGCAUUUGUGUUUAUUCAUUACAGUGUUACACACUGCAUGUAUAGCAUGUAUGCUGCAGUUGAUAGUUUUGUAUUGAUAGUACACAUUAUCAUGUAUGGCAUGUAUGCUGCAGUUGAUAGUUUUGUAUUGAUAGUACACAUUAUCAUGUAUGGCAUGUAUGCUGCAGUUGAUAGUUUUGUAUUGAUAGUACACAUUAUCAUGUAUGGCAUGUAUGCUGCAGUUGAUAGUUUUGUAUUGAUAGUACACAUUAUCAUGUAUGGCAUGUAUGCUGCAGUUGAUAGUUUUGUA